AUGAUUUUCAGGGCCUUAGAUGAGCUUAGAGGACGCCUGUGUGACCGGGAAAGUGACUCCCAGGCACUCUGGGGAGAGAAGGAGGUUGCAGCGGGGCUGGACUGGGUAGAAGGGACCCCCAAGGACUGCGCAGCCAGCCCAGCCCUGCCCUUCCCGGCACCGCACGCCACCCAGUGCUGGAUUGACCUGGCCUGCUUCUGCACCUACCCAAGAAAGGGCAUCGCAGCCAGCGCCCUGAACAAACCAGAAAAACAGCCCUCGGCCCGUUCAGGAGCCUGCGACAGGGCACGGUCCCAGCACCGUGCCCGCGUCCCGCGCCCAGGCUCCGCGCUCCCCAUGGCAGGGGCGUCAUCGCCCAACGAAGAUCUGGAGCUCUCAGAGCUGGAGGGGCAGCCGGACGAGGAAUCACCUCUCAAUGGCCUCCCUGUCCAGCCUCGUUCGGCGGAGGACCUCGGUCCUCGUCGGCCACCCCAGGCUGACAAGAAAAGCCCCUGGAGCUCUUGUAACAAGAAUGUGGUUGGAAAGUGCAAGCUGUGGAUGAUCUUCUCCUCUGUCCUCUUAGGCCUCAUGAUAGUGAUUAUCAUAGGCUUGUGUCUUAUGAGAGCAACUUACAUUGAUGAAGAUGAACACACAAUACCUGAGUUAUCAGGCAACAAAACCUUCUUCGUUAUGUUGAAGAUUCCAGUGGAGUGUGUUACUGAAGAGGGCUUGCCACACCUGCUCACCCAGAGGCUCACAGAGGUGUACAGUGCGUCGGCAUCUCUGAGUCGGUAUUUCACUUCUGUUGACAUCGUGGACUUCAGUGGUGAAAAUGCCACGGUGACCUACCACCUGCAGUUUGGGGUUCCAUCAGGAGAUGAUGACUUUAUGAAGUACAUGAUGAGUGAGGAGCUGAUCUUGGGCAUUCUGCUGCAGAAUUUCCAUGAUCAGAUCAUACCUAGUUGUGAGAGCCUCGGGCUUGACCCGGAAUCUUUCUUGUUCUACGAAUGAAGAGGAGGAGGUCGGGGCUAUGUGGCAAGGUCGGGGGCCCUGCUGAGUUUAGG